AUGAGUCGGACCGAGGCCGAUUUGGCCAUCAAUAUCCGAAAGGCUACGAGCAUUGAGGAAACUGCGCCUAAACGGAAACAUGUGCGCAGUUGCAUUGUGUACACGUGGGACCACAAAUCUUCCCAGGCCUUCUGGGCGGGCAUGAAAGUGCAACCUGUUCUCGCCGACGAGGUCCAGACCUUCAAAGCACUGAUCACCAUCCACAAGGUUCUCCAAGAGGGCCACCCCAUUGUCGUGCGGGAAGCGCAGCAACAUGCCAAUUGGAUCGACAGCUUGAUGAGAGGAGUUGGUGGUGAUGGCAUUCGAGGAUAUGGACCCCUCAUUCGCGAAUACGUUUUUUAUCUCGAGUCGAAGUUGAACUUCCAUCGGAAUCACCCCGAAUUCAACGGCUUGUUUGAAUAUGAGGAGUACAUUAGCCUGAAGAGCAUAAAUGAUCCAAAUGAAGGCUACGAGACUAUCACCGAUCUCAUGACUUUGCAGGAUCAGAUCGAUGCUUUCCAGAAGCUUAUUUUCUCACACUUCCAAUCGGGUACCAACAAUGAGUGCCGGAUCUCCGCUCUGGUGCCUCUAGUGCAGGAGAGCUAUGGCAUCUAUAAGUUUAUUACUAGCAUGCUACGGGCUAUGCACACAACAACCGGAGAUGAUGAAGCCCUUGAACCACUCCGUGGACGCUAUGACGCACAGCACCACCGCCUUGUCAGAUUCUACUACGAGUGCUCUAACCUGCGAUACCUUACCAGCCUUAUCACCAUUCCGAAGUUGCCCCAAGAUCCCCCAAGCCUUCUUGGCGAGGAUGAAGAACGCCCUGCUUUGCCCAAGCGUCCGACCAAGGAGGUUGAGGCCCAGCCCACCCCCCCACCGAAGGUGGCCGCCGAGCCGGAACCCAUUAACGACUUUUGGACCAAUGAGGCUAAGCGGCAGCAAGAGGAGUACGAGGCAGAGCAAGCCCGUCUUCAGCAGCAGUGGGCGGAUCAGCAACAGCAACAGAUUCUUGCUCAGCAACAGGCUCAGCGUGACUUUGAAGAACAGCAACGUCUCCAAGCUGAGCAGCAACGACUGGCACAGGAACAGCUUCUCCGUGACCAGUUUUCGACCCAAACUCAGGGUCGUUUGGCUGAGUUGGAGCAGGAGAAUCUCAAUGCCCGCGCUCAGUAUGAGCGGGACCAGCUGAUGCUGCAACAGUACGAUCGCCGUGUGAAGGACCUAGAAGAGCAGAUGAACCAGCUGAACUCCAACCUUAACAUGCAGAAUGCCUCCAAGGAUGAGCAGAUCCGAUCCUUGCAAGAACAAGUGAAUACUUGGAGGACGAAAUAUGAAGCUCUGGCCAAGCUGUAUUCUCAGCUGCGGCAGGAACAUCUGGAUCUCCUGCAGACAACCAAGAGCCUGAAGCUCAAGGCUGCAUCGGCUCAAGAGGCUAUUGAUCGCCGAGAGAAGCUGGAGCGUGAGUUGAAAACCAAGAAUCUGGAGUUGGCUGAUAUGAUCCGGGAGCGUGACCGUGCUUUCCACGACAGAGAUCGUGUCUCUGGCACCAACAAGGAUGAGCUGGAAAAGGUGAAGCGAGAGCUUCGCAUGGCUAUUGAGCGUGCUGAAAAUGCUGAGCGGCAGAAGGGCACGGAGAUUUCUUCUAUGCUGUCCAAGUACAACCGCGAGAUGGCUGAUCUGGAGGAGGCUCUUCGUACCAAAACUCGAGCUCUUGAUGAGUAUUCCAACCGCAAUUCCGAGCGACAGGGCGAUCAUGACCUGGCUCUCCGCGAGAAGGAUGAGGAAAUUGAAGUGUACAAAUCCGGCAUGGAACAGGCUUUAAUGGAGCUUGAGGAGUUGAAGCUGAGCCAAGGCGACGUGGAUACUGCCCUGGAUAGCCAGAUUGACACUGUGCUCCACGGUACAGUGGCUAAGAUCAACGAUAUUAUCGACUCCGUGUUACAAACUGGUGUGCAGCGCGUGGACGACGCCUUGUAUGAAUUGGACUCAUCCAUGCAAGCCGGUAACCAAAACGCUUCUCCACCCUACGUGCUCUCACAGAUUGAAAAGGCUUCAGCUUCAGCGACGGAGUUCUCAACUGCUUUCAACAACUUCAUUGCCGAUGGCCCCAACAGCCCGCAUGCCGAGAUAAUUCGCACAGUGUCUGUCUUCUCUGGCUCCAUUGCCGAUACACUGAGCAACACCAAGGGUCUGUCUCGAUUUGCCAAUGACGACAAGAGCUCCGACCAGCUGUUCAAUGCUGCUCGCAAGUCCGCCCAGGCUACUGUGCGUUUCUUCCGAGGCCUGCAAUCGUUCCGUCUCGAAGGCAUGGAGCCCUUGCAGAAGACUGAUGUAGUCAUCAACAACAACCUUGAAGUCCAGCGAGACCUGCAGGCUCUGUCGAAGAUGGUUGAGUCCUUCUCGCCAAAAAGCAGCAAGAUUGCCACUAAUGGAGAUCUGGGCGACCUAGUCGACCAAGAACUGCUCAAGGCAGCGGAUGCGAUUGAUGCAGCUGCCCAGCGCCUUGCGAAGCUCAAGAACAAGCCUCGCGAUGGCUACUCGACAUACGAGCUGCGCAUCAACGACUCCAUCCUGGCUGCUGCCAUUGCUGUGACUAAUGCCAUUGCUGAACUGAUCAAGGCUGCCACCGAGUCCCAGCAGGAGAUUGUUCGUGAGGGCCGUGGUAGUGCAUCCCGUACUGCUUUUUACAAGAAGAACAACCGCUGGACCGAGGGUCUGAUUUCAGCUGCUAAGGCGGUUGCUUCUUCCACUAACACCCUCAUUGAGACUGCCGAUGGGGUGAUCUCGGGUCGUAACUCGCCUGAACAGCUUAUCGUCGCCUCCAACGAUGUUGCUGCUAGUACCGCACAGCUUGUGGCCGCCAGUCGUGUCAAGGCCACUUUCAUGAGCAAGACUCAGGAUCGCCUGGAGACUGCCAGCAAGGCUGUUGGCGCCGCAUGCCGCGCCCUAGUACGCCAGGUGCAAGAUAUCAUCAAAGAGAAGAACCGUGAUGACAAUGAAGCAGAGGACUACGCAAAGCUGAGCUCCCACGAGUUCAAGGUUCGCGAGAUGGAGCAGCAGGUCGAAAUCCUUCAACUCGAAAACAACCUCGCUCGUGCCCGUCAACGCCUGGGUGAGAUGCGCAAGAUUUCAUACCAGGAAGAGUAA